AUGCCGGCUCCAACAGGAUUUGUGCACGGUGGCUGGUCGGGCUGGACGGAGUACACCACGUGCUCGGUAGCGUCCGGGAUCGGGACCGGGAAGAGGGUCCGCACCCGGACCUGCACCAACCCGGCCCCGGCAGGCGGGGGGAACGACUGUCCAGGCAGCGACUACGACGUGCUGGAGUGCUCGGGGGACGUUUGUAACGCCAUAGUUGACUUCGAAUGGUCGGCGUGGUCGGACUACACAGCCUGCAGUGCGACGUGUGGGCCUGGAGUGAUGACGCGGACCCGCACAUGUACCUGCACCACCACCGGCAACCCUGCCGACAACGCCACCGAGUCGUGCGGUGGAGACAGCGAGGAACGCUCCGACUGCUCCCCGGCACCACCCCCGUGUCCUCAACACGGAGGUUGGUCGUCCUGGGCUAACUGGACCAGCUGCCCGGUUACGUGCGGAGGGGGGCAGCUGUUCCGGACGAGAACAUGCACAGACCCGGCUCCAGACUUCGGAGGGGACGACUGUAUCGGCAACAGUCACGAAACCGCCAACUGUGCCAUCGCCGACUGCCCAACUAUGACGUCAGACGGGGACGGUGACACCUCCCUGACGUCACGUGAGAUCAUCAUCCUGUCCACGCUGCUGCCGCUCGUCGUCAUCCUGCUGGUGACGUUAGCGGUGUUCGUCACUCUCUGGAGGGGAGCCAAGAAGGCUGCUGCCGCCGUCACACCGUCCAUAGGGAUCCGACAGGGUCCGUCCACAGCCAUGGACAACCCUAUCCCUCCACAGCUACAGGCGGCCGGCGGGAGCGACUACAAUCCUGGUCUGGAAAAGCAUUUCCAAGAAAAAUACAUGAAAAAGCCGCCCCCGUAUUCUGUCUGUCGUGUAUUCCGGUCAGUCAACCUGACAGUCCGGCGGUCAGUCAACCGUCCGAGCUGUUAUUGCCUCGAAGGUUUCUGGACAGGAUGGUUUGACCGUGACGACCCCACAGUAACAGGAGACUGGGAAAUGCUGACCUACCUCCGCCGGGAGAACGUGGGACAGAUCUGCUCCGCCCCCACAGCCGUCCACGCCCGGGUCAUCAGCACACACGUGGAGGCCACUCUGACGGGAGAAAAUUGGCAGCGUUACGACACCACAACCGGCUUCAUCUGCAGGAUUGAAGACCAGGACGACGGCGCGUGUCUUGAUUAUGAAGUCCGCUUCUGCUGCCCACAGCACGGUGGAUGGUCGGGCUGGACGGAGUACACCACGUGUUCUGCAGCGACAGGGACCGGGAAGAGGGUCCGUACCCGGACCUGCACCAACCCGGCCCCGGCAGGCGGGGGGAACGACUGUCCAGGCAGCGACUACGACGUGCUGGAGUGCUUGGGGGACGUUUGUAACGUUGACUUCCAAUGGUCGGCGUGGUCGGACUACACAGACUGCAGUGCGACAUGUGGAGCCGGCGUGAGGACCCGGACCCGCACGUGUACCUGCACCACCACCGGCAACCCUGCCGACAACGCGACCGAGUCGUGCGGUGGAGACAGCGAACAACGGUCCGACUGCUCCCCGGCACCACCACCGUGUCCUCAACACGGAGGCUGGUCGUCCUGGGCUAACUGGACCAGCUGCCCCGUGACGUGCGGAGGAGGGCAGCUGUUCAGGACGAGAGAAUGCACAGACCCGGCGCCUGCACAUGGAGGGGACGACUGUAUCGGGAACAGUCACGAAACCGCCAACUGUGCCAUAGCGGACUGUCCCACGAUGACGUCAGACGGUGACGGUGACACCUCUCUGACGUCACGUGAGAUCAUCAUCCUGUCCACCCUGCUGCCGCUCGUCGUCAUCCUGCUGGUGACGUUAGCGGUGUUCGUCACCCUCUGGAGGGGAGCCAAGAAGGCUGCUGCCGCCGUCACACCGUCCAUAGGGAUCCGACAGGGACCGUCAACAGCCAUGGACAACCCUAUCCCUCCACAGCUACAGGCGACCGGCAGGAGAGACUACAAUCCUGUCUCCAAGAAAGCCUCUUGA